UUCAAUAAUAUGAACGAACAUCAAUAUCAAACAAAACCAACAAAAAUGUCAAUGCCUCAGGUCCUCAGGAUUUGAAUUCCAUUUUGUUUUGAGGUAAUUUUAUUCAAACUACCUUAAAAUUAUUGUACCUACAGAUAGUGCAAUACAUUUUUCACUUAUUGAUCAACGGGCUGCGAUUUAUGAGGGUGAGUUUUGUAGAUUUUUCAUGUGAUGCUGGCCCUGAGUGAUCUAAAGAAAUACUUAAGUAAAUGAAGACAUGAAAUUUCAAAAUUCAAAAGAUAAGUUAAAAGAAGAAAGUGGUAGGACAAAUUUAUCUGAUGAUGAAAAGAAGGAUUUAAACCUAAGUUUGGCUCCGUAUGCUUUGCUGGCAUUUCUUCGGAUUGCUUUAACACUACUUCCUCAGACUGGAUACAUCCAACCUGACGAGUAUUUCCAGUCCAUAGAAAUUGUCAAUGAGGACAUAUUCAACGUCGAAGCAUCACGGCCGUGGGAGUUCAAUGCAACCAAACCAAUCAGAAGUGUUGCAUUGCCUUAUCUCUACGCUGGUCUACCAAUUUACCUCUUACAACUAUUUUCACCAUUUUUCAAGCUAUUUCUAGGAUGGGAUUUGAUUACACCUUAUUUUUUACUUGUCGUACCGAGACUUACAUGCUGCAUGCUGUCAUUUUUAAACGAUUGGAGCCUCUACAAAAUUUGCACCAUUUAUGGACAAAACUACAGAGCUCGGCUGCUUACACUUGCAAGUUCUUAUGUUAUACUGGUUUAUGGAACUCACACAUUUUCAAAUGCAAUUGAAAUGGUUCUCACUUCAUUGUUGAUCUACUUUGUUGCGGACUGUAUGUAUAGAUCUGAUCAGAUUAUAAGCACCGAUGAGUAUUUGCAAGAAUGCUAUUCAAAGACAGCCGACAUGAGAGAGAAGGUUAGAUUGAGCCGUUUACGCAAGUCACUUCCGGGUCACUCAUUCAGUAGUUGUGCCAUCAUUGCCAGUAUCACUGUCAUAGGUGUCUUCAACCGCCCAACAUUUCUUGCUUUUGCCUUCACUCCGAUUUUCUUCUGGCUCCAUCGUGGGCUCGGCUCCAAGAGUGUGGGAUUGUCUGAAUUUCACCUUAGGAUCCUGCUUUUGGGGCUGUGCGCUUUGCCGAUGACAGUGAUCAUGAUAUUGAUUGAUUCCAUUUACUUUGGAUACUUGACAUGGCACGAGAUUUUGCAGAAGAAGGUCAGUUUGGAGAGCAAUUUUGUGAUGACCCCUUACAACUUUAUACAGUACAACAUGUAUACAAGUAAUCUGGCCAACCACGGCCUCCAUCCAAGGAUAACUCAUGUGUUGUUGAACAUGCCUCUCUUGUACAAUGUGUUAGCAUUGGCAGCCUUCUCUGCAGUCACCAGUCUGUUGUACAGAAUAGUGAAGAGGCGCUGGAGUGAACUACCUCGUAUACAGAGCAUCAUCGGUCUCAUGACAUCUGCGUACAUUGUACCCGUUACACUACUAUCCAUCUUCCCUCAUCAAGAGCCGAGGUUUCUGAUCCCGAUAACUCUUCCACUCGUCUUCCUCCACUCUCAGAGGAUUCGCAACGUCAACGAACAGCAGCAGAUCAGCGAGAAACAUGACAAGGGUGUGAAAGUGUUUGUGAAAAAAGAAAUCGCUCACGGGUACAAAGACAAAAUUCUCACUCUGUGGUAUCUGAUCAACAUGUUUCUGGUGUUGGUGUACGGGUUUGUUCAUCAAGCCGGUGUUUACCCACUGUUAGACCACAUCUCAGUGGUCAUGAGAGAGAAACCAAGACUGACCACGGUUCAUCUAGUCACGAGCUUCGUCUACCCUCUACCAGUGUCCUUAUUGCAUUUGAAACAAGGCAGAGUCACCGCUGUCAAUCAGAAAACUGGAAUAAGGUACCAGACUACCAGAGACUUCUUUGCCUAUGAAAUGGGAUUGUCUGAUUCAGUACUGAAUGCCACUCUAAAAGCGAAAUCAGUUAUCGAAGAGUCUGAAGUUAUUUGGCAAGAGAAACGACUGAAAUACAAAGUUUACCUGGCACUACCGACCAGUCGAUUGUCAGAAUUCCAGAUGAUAGCUUUUAAGGCUAACUUAACCUACACAGUGGAUCAGAUAUUCUACCCACACAUCAGCACCGAGCUUAUGCCUGACUUCAGCACCGGACUAUUCACAGAAUGUGAAGACCACACAGCCGAUGUUUGUCGUGAAACCAACAAGUUCUCUCUUGAUUUUGCACUCCAUUAUUUUUCUCACAUUGUGCACCAAUGCGGUCUGGCUUUGAUACGGAUAAAGAUGUAACGUCACUGUA